AUGGACGAGUUUGUCGAGGCGCCCGCCGCGCCCCCCCCCGCGCCCGCGGAGGAGGACUUCUUCGCGGCCGCGCCCGCGCCCGUGGAGGCGGCGGCGACCGAGAGUUUCGAGGAGGCCGCGCCCGCUCCCAUGCCCCCGAGCGCGAGCCAGGGCAGCGCCAUGGACGAAUUCUUCGCCGAGGGUUCCCACAGCGCCCAGUCGCUCCCGUCCGAUCCGGAUCUGUUCGCCGCCGCGCCCGAGCCCCAGGCUGCGGAGGAUGACUUCUUCCAGGCGCCACCUCCCGCCGCGGCGCCCCUCGCGGCGGAGACCUUCGCGGUGAGUGAAAACACCGCGGCGUGGAAGGCGGAGGCUGCCGCGGCGAUCGCGGACAAGUCCGCCGCGGAGAAGCGCGAGCUGCAGUCCAUCCGGGAGGAGGCUCAGGCUGAGAGGGAUCUGAUGUACUCGCAGAGGGAGAAGCAGCUCACGGCGGCGCACAAGGCUAACCGCGAGCGCGAGGUGCAGGCCCAGACCGACUACAAGGGCCAGGGCUGGGAGGGCGUUAACGCGCUCAUCUCGGGCGAGGGCAAGACCUCCGCGGACCUCGGGCGGAUGCGCCAGAUCAUCACACGCCUCAAGCACAGCAAGCCAGCGAGCUCGCCGUCGGGGAUGUUCUCCACAUGA